UGGUGUAGGGUAUCUAAGGUAUUUUCCCACCACCACGCAAAUUUAUCUGCAGCCCUCUCCCACACCCCGUUCACAAUGGACGAAAAGAAGGCCCAUGUUGCCAAGCAUUCUGGUCCUAAAGCUGAAAAAAAGAAGCUGAGAAGGGUGCCGAAUACAAAUGCUGCCAACAAUCCCAAGGCCUUUGCUGUAGCUUCCGCUGGACGGCUUGCCCGUCAAGCCAUGCGGACGGCAGACCUUGAUCAAAAGAAACUCCAUGUUCCUAUGGUGGAUCGAACGCCUGAUACAUGUCCUCCUCCUAUCAUAGUUGCGGUCAUGGGUCCCCCAGGAACGGGAAAGUCGACUCUAAUCAAGUCACUUGUUCGUCGGUACUCAAAGUACACUGUGUCUCAAAUUAAAGGCCCCAUCACCGUGGUUGCCGGCAAAACUAGACGAAUUACAUUCAUUGAGUGUCCAAACGACUUAAGUUCCAUGGUUGAUAUUGCAAAAAUUGCUGAUUUAGUACUUUUGCUUAUUGACGCGAACUUCGGUUUUGAAAUGGAAACUAUGGAAUUUCUUAAUAUCCUUGCUCCGCACGGUAUGCCUAAAAUUAUGGGUGUUCUUACUCAUCUCGAUUUGUUCAAAAAGCCAGCUACCCUUCGCGCUGCUAAAAAACGGCUGAAGCAUCGUUUUUGGACGGAGUUGUACCAAGGUGCAAAGCUGUUUUACCUUUCUGGUGUGCUAAAUGGUCGUUAUCCGGACAGAGAAAUUCUUAAUUUGUCCCGGUUUAUCAGUGUCAUGAAGUUUCGUCCGCUUCAAUGGCGCAACCAGCAUCCCUACCUUCUUGCCGAUCGUAUUGAAGAUUUGACAGUCCCAACAGAAAUUGAGAAAAACCAAAAGGUUGAUCGUACAUUAACUGUGUAUGGCUAUCUUCAUGGCACAAAUAUCUCGAAAUCUGGAGCCCAAGUUCACAUUCCGGGUCUUGGUGACUUUUCUGUAAAGGAUGUCACGGCCCUUGAUGAUCCAUGUCCUCCUCCUGACGCAGACAAGGUGAGACGCCGUCGGUUGUCAGAAAAACAAAAACUCAUUUACGGUCCCAUGGCUGACAUCGGUGGCAUUUUGUUUGACAAAGAUCGUGUGUAUAUUGAAGUUCCUACUUCAUCUUUCACGAAAGACAAUGCUGAUGCGGGUCUUGGUGAGAAAAUGAUGGUAGAACUCCAAGAAGCCCAGGAAUCUUUGGGCGAGACUCACGACGAAGGCCUGCAGUUAUUUACAAACAGUGCACCCAUGCAUAAUUUUGUUCUUGGUGACGACGCAAAUGACGAAGGUAAUACCGGUCGGAAAACGCGUCGUAUUCCCACAAAUAAGGUCGCAUCUCUGGAAGAAGAGGGUGAUUUGGAAUACGUGGAAGGGGGGGAUGAUGAUGAUGAAGAUGCUGGUUCAGACGUGGAGUACACUGGCAAACUCGGCAUCAUGGGCGACGAUACUGAAUCCGCUGGUGUUAAAGAGGAACUCGCGUUCGGUAGCAGCGACUCUGAACUUGGUGACGAGUCUGCUGAUGAAGAAGGCCUGGAUGUUUCUGAAUUAAAAUGGAAGGACAACCUUGCUGAAAAGGCUGCGCAGCGUUUGGUCCAGGCUCGUCGCCGUGUUGAUCUUCAACGCGUUGUCUACGAUCUUUCCCUUAAUCCUGAAGAAGCCAUCUCCCGCUGGAACGGGGAAGGCGAAAUGGGUGCAGAGGAUGCAGAAGAAGACAAUGACGAUGAUGAUUUCUUUCGUGUUACAAAGAAGGGUUCCACUGACCCCACUUUGGAACGGAAGCGUGUAGCUGAGGAAUACAAAAAACAUAUCCUGGAAAAGUGGAGCAAGGAGGAGAACCUUCAACGUCUUCAAAGCAAGUUCAUUACUGGAAGUCUUUUACAGGACGGUGAGGCGGAUACUGCAGAAGCUGAUAACGAGGAGGAAGAUGAUGAAGCUGGCGACUUCGAAGACCUAGAGGCUGAUGAGCAAGGAAGUUCUAAUGAGGAUGCUUCUGAAGGCCCAGAAGAAGCAGAAGAAGAGGAGGAGGACUUUUCUAAAGAACGUGAAGCCAAUCUUCGGAAAAAGGAGGAACUCCGUCGUCGUUUCGAAGAAGAGGACCGCGGUGAUCCGGAAAAGAAGGACAUUGAUUGGUAUGCACAAGAAAAGGAGAAGCUUGCUCAACAGUUGGAGCGUAAUAAGGAGGUUUUUAAUGAUUUGGACCCCGAAUCACGGGCUCGUCUUCAAGGUUACGAGUCUGGAAAAUACUUACGUCUUGUUAUUGAAAACGUUCCUUACGAAUUUAUCCACAAUUUUGACUCUCGUUUCCCUGUGGUCGUAGGUGGUUUGCUCCCCAACGAGCAGCGGUUCGGUCUUGUGCAAGUGCGCAUCAAAAAGCAUCGCUGGCACAAAAAAAUCUUGAAAACAAAUGACCCUCUAAUCUUCAGUAUUGGCUGGCGGCGGUUCCAAUCAGUACCCAUAUACUCUAUUGACGAUUCUCGUACUCGUAAUCGAAUGCUCAAGUACACACCGGAGCAUAUGCAUUGUUUUGCACAGUUUUACGGUCCUUAUGUUGCGCCCAACACUGGUUUCUGUGCUGUGCAAUCCGUGGCAAACUCUGACUCCAAGUCCGGCACGUUCCGUAUUGCUGCCACGGGUACUGUUCUCAAUAUUGAUCAGUCUACCGAUGUCGUUAAGAAGCUCAAGUUGACUGGUGUUCCCUACAAAAUCUUCAAAAACACUGCCUUCAUUAAAGGAAUGUUCAAUAGUCCUCUGGAGGUUGCCAAGUUCGAGGGUGCCAAUAUCCGAACGGUAUCUGGCAUUCGUGGUCAAGUCAAGAAGGCUGUUGACCAAACUCAUGGUCAUUUUCGUGCUGCUUUUGAGGACAAGAUUUUAAUGAGUGACAUUGUGUUUCUCCGUGCCUGGUACCCCGUCAAAUGUCGCAAGUUCUUUACGAACGUCACCAACCUCCUGGAAGCCGACAAGGCCGAGUGGAAGGGAAUGCGACUCACUGGUGAGGUUCGUCAUGAGCUGGGUCUUCAGACACCGUUGCGUCCGAACUCUACAUAUCGUGAAGUUGUCCGCGAUACUCGUCACUUUAAUCCUCUCAAGGUUCCUGCAUCUCUUCAAUCCCAACUGCCGUUUGCUUCCCGGACAAAGGAGCUUAAGCCACGGGGUAAAUCCACAUACAUGCAGAAGCGUGCUGUUGUGCUGAAUGCGCCAGAGCGUAAGGCUCGUGACUUGCUGCAGAAGGUUAUGACCUUGCACGCUGAAAAAGAGGCAAAGAGAAAGGCCAAAAAGGCAGCCGAACAUGAGCGCUACCAUGCUAAGAUGCAAAAGGAGGAAGAGGCUUAUCAAGAGAAAAAGCGGCAGGAAAAGUCUGCUUGGUUUGCUAAGCACGGCAAGCGUCUUCGCCAGGAGGACGGCGGCUCCUCUGGGAAACGGUAUAAGAAGAAGAAGUAGGAUGACGGUAGAUUUAGGAUUUUGUUAUGGUUAAAAAAACGCGGUUAAUCAGUUUUUUGGAUAUAUAAUAUUAUUGC